CUUGCCUGUUCCUGAAUCUGGAUCUGACGCCGACUCCUUCCCGUCUAUUUUCCUCCUGUGUUAGCCGCCGUGCAGCGCCCGCCAACCACUGGCAAGGCCGUUGCUUGCAUUGACGGUGACGGUGACGGGAGUCUAUGUAUAUCCAUCCAGCCUGACCAGCCGUGGCUAAGUAUUACUAUUGAGCAACCGACAGGCCUGUGGUGGGGAUUCGCUCAGUCGCAAGCGCCGUCUCUCUUUCUCCCCAUCAGACUAGCUGACUAGUUCUGGCCGAUGGGGCAAAGAUGGGUGAGGUGUUGUCGGUCUCAUUUCAUUUUACCUCGUCCGGUUCGCGGCUGGGGCCUUGGCCCGAGCCAGGUACAAAAUCCUGACGGUUGUCGGCGCAAAUAGGCAAGGCGUCGUGGUGCCUGGGGUCUCUGGGUUCCUCCUCGCUUUGUUUCCGUGAGCCGGAGAGGUCCUCCAGGUGGAUUGUUGCGGCCCACUUCCGUCACCGCUCAGUGCUGCUCCCGGGCCAGACACCGACACAGACGGGCAGACUCCUUUGCGGGCGGCUUGUCUCUGCUUUGUCGCGAUUCGGUGCCGUCGGCCCCAACCGAGGCGUCACCAGGGGGCCGUCCAGGGGCGCAGAGGGGAAAAUCGAGGUGGCGACGGGGCAGGGCUGCCAGGCUGGCUUUGUUUGGACCCGGGCAAGCCAUGGCCUCGAACACUUGGGGCCAUUCAGUUCUGCCAGCAAGCGCCUCGAGGGUUGUUAAUUUUGACAAGAUGCUGCUCUUGCCUCUUUUGUCCAAUCCCAAGUCCAGAAACGAGGGCACUUUGUGACGAUCCGGACCAGGUCUGCCCGGCCAAGUGGCCACUAAAAUUAAGGAGAUUGCCCUCCUACACUCUGUGGUCGCAGGUUGCCUGUCCAGCCGUACUAGUCCAAAGGCCCGCCUUGUUAGUCCCUAUAUGUACGGUACCCCAGUCCCCGUGCCCCCCCCAGGCCCACCCGUCUCACACCCGACCCUGUCUCCGCUCUUUUGGCACCUCCCCGUCGAGUCAAUCGAUACUCACUCACGAUACCCGCUGCUGCGUUUUGACCUGAGUCCCUUUUGCUGGGGGCUCGUCCACUCAUUUUCAACACUCGCGCCCACAUUUCACUCACUCUCUCCAGCCAUCAAGCCAAGUAACAGGCAAAACAACAAGAACCACUCUCGACGAAACGAAACAGAACAAAUCCACUCGUUCCCAAGAUGAAGAAGAUCACCAUCGCAGCGGUUGUCGCACUCGCCUCCCAGGCCUUUGCCGAGCCGUUGCCUUACAGGCCCACCAAGGCCUUCAUGUCUGCCCGCGAGAUCUUUGGGCUGGGCCGCCGCGACGCCGAUGAUGUCUACCACCCGAAGCAGUCCGUCUGCGGCAUGGCUGAGACAUGUUCCAAGGCUUGUGGCGACUCUUUCGCGCAAUGCCCUUCCACCGAUAACCAGAUGCACUGCUACGACGCCGGCGCCAAGGAGGCCUGCUGCCCAGACGGCACCGGGAACUCGUGCGAGGCCGGCUACUACUGCGCCGCCGACACCGCCGGCCUGACCGUGUGCUGCCCCGAGGGUUCGGACCUGGCCUCCUGCGCCUCCAAGUACUCGGUCGCCGGUGGCCUCCACCUCGAGACCAAGAUCUUCUCGAGCUCCGCCGCCCCGAGCACGAGCGCCACCUCUGCCGCCAGCUCGUCCACCUCCUCGUCGUCCUCCGCCGUCCCGACCAGCGCCCCCGCCGGGCCCGCCGGCGGCGUCUUCUUCGAGACCGGCAACUCCACGACGGCCGCCGUGCCGUCCGGGACCGUCACCGGGGGCAGUGGCGGCGCGACCAAGACGAGCGCGGGCGGCUCCGGCUCUGCGUCUGCGACUGGGUCCACCUCCAACGGCGCGGGCGUCGCCAGCCCGGCCGGCCUCCUGGCCCUGCUGAGCGCCGCUGGCCUCGUCGCCUUCCUGUAGUUCUGGCCGACGUCGCUCACCGUGCGGCGCCCAUCGGCGACCAGGACGGCCACGACACAAGGAGAGAAAAGCGCCAAGUCCGCCACAUUCAGACCCGCAUGCGCAAGCACCGAAACAAAAAUUAAACAAAAACGAAAACCUAAAUCUCUGUGCGGUGCUGGAUGGCGGGUGGGCAAUGUUUUUUUUUCUCUUCACGAAUCGAAGAUAUCUGAGAGGAUGGGAUGAAGAUGGGAUGAGGAUUGAAGUGUUGUGCUUUUUUUGUUUUUUUAUAACGAUUACGAACAUGAGGAAGAGAUGAAGGUUGACGCCCACAUCACGUCUACUAUGCUGGACGUAUCUAAUUCACCGUAUACUAAUAGCAUGCCCUUCUUGUUGCUAGUCUGCGAUACCCCCCCUGGGGCUCGCCCCUGGGCUGGUUUUUAUUACUUCUAGCCCAAAUAUAGCCCAGCAUUGUACAG